AGGAUGAGUUGAGUCGUGUAGGGACUCUGGAUAACUCUCCAUUGGAUAUUUGUCCCAUCAAACUGGAUGACACAAAUUAUUUACUUUGGUCUCGUACUUUUACAUUAGCCAUUGAAGCUAAAGGGAUGUCUGAGUUCAUUGAAGGCCCUGUUACUGAGCCUACUACUGAUGUUGAACUCAAGACGUUUGAGUUUCGUCGAUCUUUAGCCAUGACUUGGUUGUUUAAUUCUAUGAAAGCUGAUAUUCGUAGUCCUUUCUUGCUUCUUAACACUCCAUAUCAGAUUUGGACUAUUGCCAAACAGACUUAUUCUCAGCAGGGCAAUGAUGCUCAGUGUUUUGAGUUGCGAAAGCGACUUCGUACUAUGGAUCAACACAAUCGAUCUGUUGCUGUUUACUUUGCUGAUCUCAGUGGGGCCUGGCAAGAAUUUGAUUAUUAUCAGGGGUUUCAAGCAGUCUGUUCCGUUGAUGCUGGUGCUUGGUUAAAAAGAAUAGAGAAAGAGCGUGUGUAUGACUUUCUUGCUGGUCUUGAUGUGGAGUAUGAUCCAAUUAGAGUGCAGGUGUUGGGUCGUGUUCUGUUUCCAUCUUUGGGAGAGGCCUAUGCCAUUGUUCAACAGGAGGAGAGCAGAAGGGGUGCUAUGUUACAAGCUCCUACUUCUGAUCGUUCUGCAUUGGUUGCUAUUCCGCAGGGACAGUUUGGGUCUGGCAGUGGAAAGUCUCAGUCUGGUACUACCAGUGGGACCAUAGACCGUAUGUCACUCCAGUGUGAUUAUUGCCACAACACUGGACAUACCAAGGAUUUCUGUUGGAAGUUACAUGGUCGUCCUUCUCGUGGGCGAGGCAGUGGACGUGGAGGUCGAGGUCGUGGUCCCGGGCGUUCUCAGGCUCAGGCACAUGUUUCAGAGUUUGCUGCCUUGUCUGAUUCUGGGUUCAGUACAGGAGUUCAGUCACCUUCUGAUUCUGUUGGCGGUUUCUCUCAGGGGGAGAUGCAAGCUCUCAGGCGUCUUAUGGCUCAGGCUGAUUCUGCCUCUACUAUAGCUCCUACUUCCACAGCAGCUCCUACUGCAUCCUAUUUUGCUCAUUCAUGAACUGGAAACGGGGAAGGUGAUUGGCAGUGGUAAAGUACAUGGUGGCAUCUAUUAU